AUUGUGCGGAGUGCGAAAGCUGACGUGUGGUAGUGGAGAAAUUUCUCUCGAAUGCUGACUUGUUCGUCAUAACCAGUAUUUAUCGCAUCGUACGGGCUUGCGACCUUUGUGAACACGACUUUCCACGAUGGGGGUGCCCACUAAAACUUGCACCCUCCUCUUUGUGAUCCUUAGUAACGUAUAUGAUAUGGUCUCAUCGUCUGAAGUAGCUAAACACCUGGAAAUGGGCAUGCAACUUCUUCACAGAGGAGCCUACCAGGACGCUUUAUCGCAUUACCAUGCUGCCAUCGAGGGAGAUGACUCUAACUACCAGUCAUAUUACUGGCGAGCCACCGUGUAUCUCGCGUUGGGGAAAUCGAAAUUAGCCGUUGAAGACCUGAACAAAGUGAUUGAUCUUAAAGAGGAUUUCAUCAAAGCCAGAGAACAGAGAGGAAACAUCCUGCUGAAACAGGGAUACUUGGACGAAGCGCACAUCGAUUUCGAGUAUGUGCUCCGUUUGGAUCCCCACAACCUAGAAGCCUUGCAUCACUACGAGGUGAUCGAACAACUCAAGAACGACAUCGCCGUAGCAAUGCAAAUGCGUGACCAGGGAGACUGCAUGGGUGUCAUUUCGAUACUCCAGGGAGUCUUGGAACAAUGUCCGUGGAAUCUCAGAUUGAGAGAGCUGCGAGCAGAGUGCUACGAGGCCAUAGGAGAUCUCAACUCGGCCAUAUCGGAUCUCCGUCCCGCCAUAAGAUCGGUUCCAGACAAUACGAAAGGAUAUUUGAAAUUAGCUCGGCUCUUCCAUAAGCACGGGGAGCCCGAGGAAGGCCUGACAACGAUCAGAGAGUGUCUCAAACUCGAUCCUGACCACAAGGAGUGCAUGACUUUCUAUAAAAGCAUCAAGAAGCUCGUGGCUCAAAUCAAGAGUAUGCAAGACCUGUUCAAUGCCGGGAAGUACGGAGAUUGUCUGGAGAAAGGAAAACAGGCCCUGUCGAAGGAGAACACUCCCGCCAUUGUCACUCUCGUCAAGACGAAGCAAUGCCACUGCGCCAGCAAGGGGGGUGCCGAGGACGCCGUGAACCUCUGUUCGGAGGCCUUACGAUACGACCCACAGAACCCGAAUAUUCUCUGUGAUCGGGCCGAGGCCUACUUGAAUGCUGACGAUUUCGCGAACGCCAAACAAGACUUCGCUUCAGCCCGGGAACUUGACCAGGAAAACCAGAGAGCCGCUGAAGGCCUGAAGAGGGCACAGAAACUCGAGAAAGCCAAGGGCAAGAGAGAUUACUACAAGAUCCUAGGCGUCAAGAGAACGGCCAGCAAGGGGGAGAUCACGAAAGCCUACCGGAAGCUGGCCGCAAAGUGGCAUCCCGACCAGUACCAGGGAGACGACAAGAAAGGAGCCGAAAAAAUGUUCAUCGAUAUCGCUGCGGCCAAAGAAGUACUUACAGAUCCCGAGAAGAGAGCCAAGUUCGAUCGUGGAGAGGACCCUCUGGACCCGGACAGCGGGCGCAGCGAGUUCAACCCCUUCGGAAGAGGAGGUUUCAACCCCUUCUCCGGAGGGGGCGGCGGCGGCGGCGGAGGUGGAUUCCAUUACACGUUCCAUUUCUAGUGAGCCGGCUCUUAGUUAUUUGAAUUCAAGCAACAGCUUGCGGUGGUUUAUAAUUCUGAGCACAUCCAUCCGUUGACAAUGAGCUAUCCGUAGACGACUCUGAUGCCCGGGAGAAGCCGAGCGUCUCGAACAGCUCCCACUGCAGAGCUACAUUUGCCAUUUAGGAAGUGCAAAAGACAAACGAAGCGAAAGUGUGAUUGUAUCAAAAGCUCCGCGAUCGUCUCGGGCCAUCGGCGAUGAGCUGCUGCUCGGGCCGAGAGCGCGAAGGUGUUGAACGUUUAGUCUCUCGAGUUUUCGCAACACUCAAAAUUUUACGGACGCGUGCACGCAAGCGGCUCCCCCGUAGCGCGCAGCCGGAGACUCUGUAUUUAUUUUUAGAUAGAACAGGUAGUCGACGCGGCAUGGUUCGCCGCCGAGAAUCGAAAGCGAUUGUAAAAUAUUAUGUACAAAAAUAAAUUAAGAAGGCUAUUU